CCUCCUUCAUGCCAAAUCAUUGCUUUUUAUUCAUUUCUCUCAAAGAUUUUAUUUUAUUAAAAAGUAAACAUGAAGAACAAGGCUUCCGGGUUCUUGAAGCAGAUAAUCUCGCUUAUAACUACAAUAGCCAAGGCGAAGACACUGGCUCUCAAGACCAAAACCAGGGCUAUCAAGACCCGCUUGAUUAUAUUCUCCUUGUUGAGGAACAAGAAGAUUAUGAUGAGCUCCAUCUCCGACAAGCUCCGUGUCCUGAUGGGGCAGCAGCAUGAAGACAAGACGAAGCAAGAUGGCGACGAUCAACCUGAAGGGAAUAAUGCUAUUGUGCUCUAUAAUGCCAUGUCUCACGAAUCUCUUCCCAAUCCGUCUCACACAGAGUUCCUGGAUUAUGAUUAUGAUUAUGAUAAUAACAAGUAUCCGGACCUUACCCACUCCCUGUUUGAAGCUGAAGAUCUCGACUCUGAGGAUCCUGGAGGGUCUGUGAUAGACUUGGUGAAGAACUCAAAGCCGGAAGGGGAAGAGUUCAAGCUGGAAGACGAGAUAGACCAUGUUGCGGAUUUGUUCAUAAAGAGAUUCCAUCGUCAGAUGAGGAUACAGAAGCAACUUUCCUUCAAGAGGUAUCAGGAAAUGCUCGAAAGAAGCACCUGAUUUUCGUUAUUUGAUUCUUGUCUCAUCGAGAUUCAUUAAAAUGGUGAAGAUCAUGAAACUCUAAUUAAACCAACAUGGACGUACGAUUCAAUGAUAUAUACAGCUUUUCCAUGAAGAGUGUACUUAAUUUUCAGUUAGUAUUAUAAUCAUAGGUUAAAAACUGACGGUGUUGAGAUUGUAACUUUGUGGGGCAAUAAGAAGAGAUGUGGCUCAAUUUUAUCGAGCCAUUUCUGUGUAUGCUUUCUUGUAAUGUUCACACAUUUAAUAUAUACAGUACUUUGUUUUGCUAAA